AUGGGGAGAAAGUUGAAAAGGCAGUACAAGGCCGGGAAUGUUCCACAAAUACCUCGCAUUCGAGUCCCUGCCUCUGCCGCUGACAACCCACUACUGAAGGACCUAAAUCAAGGGCAGCGGUGCUACUUCUACAGCAUCAUGAGGAUUUAUGACUCCAGGCCCCAGUGGAAGGCCCUGCAGACCCGAUACAUCCAUAACCUUGGGUACCAGCAGGAGCUGGGCUAUAUCACUCAGCAGGAGGCUGUGUCUUGUGCUGUUUUACUUAGACACUCAACCAUGCAAGCUUCAGCCAAGGCAGCUCCUCCAAGGGCCGUUCUCCGAAACUCCAGCCACACAAAGAAAAUGCCAGCCAGCAAAACCAGAGUCUAG